CCAAUCAGAAAUUGGAUGAACCUUCGGGAUGCAGAAACAGGGAAAAUCCUCUGGCAAGGAACAGAAGAUCUGUCUGUACCUGGAGUGGAGCAUGAAGCUCGAGUUCCUAAAAAAAUCCUGAAGUGCAAAGCGGUGUCUCGAGAGCUAAACUUUUCCUCAGCAGAACAAAUGGAAAAAUUCCGACUGGAACAGAAAGUCUAUUUCAAAGGGCAGUGUCUAGAAGAAUGGUUCUUUGAGUUCGGUUUUGUGAUCCCUAACUCCACAAACACUUGGCAGUCCUUGAUAGAGGCAGCACCUGAGUCACAGAUGAUGCCAGCUAACGUUUUAAC